AAAAUGGGCCCAGUAGGUGCAGAGGCUGAUGAGAACCAGACAGUGGAAGAAAUGAAGGUGGAGAAGUACCAUCCACGGCAAACCACUCCUAGAGGUGAGCUGGCCCCUGACCCUGAGCCAGAGCUUCUAGACAGCACCAUGCUGAUUGAGGUGCAGAUUAUCCUCAUAUUAGCUUAUUGCUCUAUCAUCUUGCUCGGGGUAAUUGGAAACUCUCUGGUGAUUCACGUGGUGAUCAAAUUCAAGAGCAUGCGCACAGUAACCAACUUUUUCAUUGCCAAUCUGGCUGUGGCAGAUCUUCUGGUGAACACCCUGUGCUUGCCAUUCACUCUUACCUACACCUUAAUGGGGGAGUGGAAAAUGGGUCCUGUCCUGUGCCACCUGGUACCCUAUGCCCAGGGCCUGGCAGUGCAAGUGUCCACGAUCACCUUGACGGUAAUUGCCCUGGACCGGCAUCGUUGCAUUGUCUACCACCUGGAAAGCAAGAUCUCCAAGAGAAUCAGCUUCCUGAUUAUUGGCCUGGCCUGGGGCAUCAGUGCCUUGCUUGCAAGCCCCCUGGCCAUCUUCCGCGAGUACUCGCUGAUUGAGAUUAUUCCCGACUUUGAGAUUGUGGUCUGCACUGAGAAGUGGCCUGGUGAGGAGAAGAACAUCUAUGGCACCAUCUACAGUCUUUCUUCCUUGUUGAUCCUAUACGUUUUGCCUCUGGGCAUCAUAUCUUUUUCCUACACUCGUAUCUGGAGUAAACUUAAGAACCAUGUCAGCCCUGGAGCUGCUAAUGAUCACUACCAUCAGCGAAGGCAAAAAACGACCAAAAUGCUGGUGUGUGUGGUAGUGGUGUUUGCAGUCAGCUGGUUGCCUCUCCAUGCCUUCCAACUCGCUGUUGACAUUGACAACCAAGUCCUAGACCUGAAGGAGUACAAACUCAUCUUCACUGUGUUCCACAUCAUCGCCAUGUGCUCCACCUUUGCCAACCCCUUUCUCUAUGGCUGGAUGAACAGCAACUAUAGAAAGGCUUUCCUAGCAGCCUUCCGCUGUGAGCAGAGGUUGGAUGCCAUUCACUCUGAGGUGUCUGUGACGUUCAAGACUAAAAAGAACCUGGAGGUAAAAAAGAACAAUGGUCCCAAUGACUCUUUCACAGAGGCUACCAAUGUGUAA